UUGGACACCCCUGGUAUAACUGUUAAGGUGAUGUUGAUCGCGAGAAUAGAGGGAGAACUUCAGCUAGCUGACAACCUGCAGCCGGGUACACGUUUAACCAGUGUUAAUAAUAUCGGAACAAACGUAACUUUGACCUAUUAUUUCUCCGUUGUGUGCCCACGUUAAUUGAUACCGACACGCAACUGUUUUCGGACUCAGUAACUUUAUCUCGAUGGUUGAAACCAUAGAGCGUUGUUGAACGUUUUCACAGUCCAUGAACAGGACACAGUGGGAGGGGCCGGCAGUCAAGCCCCGGCAGUAAUGCGAAACAUGUUGCGAAUAUUAUUAAUAUAAUUCUUAACAGAUUAUUUUAAACAAAACCAUUGAAAGUAAAUAAUAAAACAUAAUAAGAAAUGUAAACCAGAAACGUAUUCCUAAUUGGAGUUUUUUAAAUCCCAAACUUAACUAGCUAGUGCAUUUCAAAACAAACUUUUGAGACGCGCGUUUCUCCUGUUCGCGCAGGACUUUUAUUUUGAACUUCAUACUUGAAUUUCACAUUUCCUGAAUAUGCCCCCUUGAUUCAAGAGCAUAUAGGCUUAUACAAGGAAUGUGUCUUACUGUUAUUCGAUAAACGUCGUUUGUGAAUCCCAUCAAUAACUUAAAAAAAAAAAAAACACAAGCACUGAGAAACGCACAGUAACACAACUAUGGCUGACUCAGACCACGUAACAUUUACAGAAGGCACAUUUUACCAGGGACAUUUUGACAGCAGAGCAUACUUAAAAAAUUACUUGACGGUUAGCGGUGAAUGCCCUAAGGUUUUGGCUUUCCUGCUACGCUGCCUGCACGAGACAUUUGCAUCAGGAAAUCUCAAGGGCAAGAAGCUGAUCGAAAUAGGAUGUGGACCUACAGUCUAUUGUUUAAUAAGUGCCAGCAAAUACUUUGAAGAAAUGGUGAUGUCAGACUUUACCGACUGCAAUCGCAGAGAGGUUGAGAUGUGGCUGAAAAAUGAGGAGGGCUGUUAUGACUGGCGUCCUGUCAUCCAGUUUGUCUGUGACCUGGAAGGCAGAAGCAGGUCACCAGAAGAGGUGGAGCAGAGGAUGAAGCAGGCAGUGAAGCAGGUGCUGAAAUGUGACGUUCGAGAGAAGAACCCUUUCCACCCUCUGACCAUGGAGCCGGCGGACUGCAUAGUGUCCAGUCUGUGUCUGGAGGCUGCCUGCAAGGACCAGGAGACGUACCGCUGGGCUCUGGGCAGUAUCGCGGCUCUCAUUAAACCUGGGGGUGCACUUGUGCUCAUUGGGGUCCUCAAUGAGACCUUCUACCUCGUGGGGCAGCACAGGUUCUCCUGUCUGGUUCUCAGUCAGAGCAUAAUUGAGGAGAUUCUGCGCGACCUGGGCUUCUCCAUCAAGCAGGUCAACAUCCAGUUAACGGAUGGGAGCGAAAAAGAGUUCUAUGAUGCCGAGUCGUUUUUUCACCUGGUUGCUCACAAAACAAAAUAGGAUUUAGUUGAAUUGAGGAUUUGUUUUUGUUUUUUUAUAUAUAUACACAGGCAUUUGUGAACCUACGGCCUGUUUGAGUAUAAAAUUUGACCAAAAUAUAUUAACGGACUCACUUGAAUCAGAAUGCGUGAUGUAUUUUUUAAAUCCUCUAAAAUAAUUAUGUGAAAAUAUUCAGAAUGGGAGACAUGGUCUUUUUAUUUGGGUGGAAAAAGGUAGUGCAUGUCAUACAUUACUUUUGGUAGUAAAAAAAAAAGAAAAAACUGCUCAGUCACUGCCCAUUUUCCAGCACAGUCUCACUCAGCUCUUCACACUGGACAUUGACCAGCUAUAAAUGUACUUCCCUGUGGGAGUGCCCUAUGACCACGUCUAUCACCUGUAUUCAUCGUCUACCCCUCUUAUGGCACUUUUCUAUUUCUAUUUUUUUUUUUCUAUUUCUACUUUCUGAUUCUUUAUGUGAAUUGCACCUUAUCCGGUCUGUUCUGUAGUUCUAAUGACCUUUGCUAUUGACUUAUUGUACAUUGCUUUGGAUAAAAGGGUCUGCUGAAUAAAUGUAAUGUCAUUGUAAUAAAAUGCAUAUGUCCAUA